AUGAACUGGGCUGAGAGUGAGCAGAACUGCUCUGGGAUGGGCUCCCAGCUGGUGGUGAUCAACAGCAAGGCAGAGCAGGAGUUCCUCUCCGAGCAGAUAAAACAACCUCCACAAAGGGAGUAUUUCUACAUUGGUCUGUUUGUGGACAAGGAGGUGGAUCCCUUCGGGCACAGCAGUGACCAGCAGAGCCUGCAGCAGCAGUUGUUGGAGUGGAAGUGCCACUCAGCGGUGCCACAAGGCACGGACCGAGGCUGGACGUGCUGCCCAGAGGGCUGGAGGAGGUUUCAAAGAAGCUGCUGUUUCCUGUCCCUUGCUAGGAUGAACUGGGCUGAGAGUGAGCAGAACUGCUCUGGGAUGGGCUCCCAGCUGGUGGUGAUCAACAGCAAGGCAGAGCAGGAGUUCCUCUCCGAGCAGAUAAAACAACCUCCACAAAGGGAGUAUUUCUACAUUGGUCUGUUUGUGGACAAGGAGGGCCGGUGGCAGUGGGUGGACAAGACUCCAUAUGAUGCAACAGCAGCAUGAGUAUCUCUGGGUGAAGAGUUCUUGGUGUGACUUCUGGUAGGAAAAUAAAUAGGACAGAUGUGAGGGGGUCUG